GAGCCUGGGUAGAACCGUGGGAAGCAGGCACCUAUUUAAGGAAUAAAUGAAGAAGCAGCAAUAAAGAAGUUCUAAUUGUCGCCUUAGAGAAAAAGAGAACUGUAGUUUAGCAGUGUUUCCAGAAAACUUUUGCUAAUUUUCUUGACAGUAAGUGGAGCUCUGCAUUUGUGUGUGUGCUAUGCCAAAUAUCUGGGUGGACACUGCAAAGAUCAAUCUAUUUUUUCAGAUCUUUUCAAAUACUUACGUGCUUUAUACUGAAAGCCUAAUAACUAAAAUUGUCUAUUUUUUCCCCAGCAAUCUUUUAUUAUGCAGAAACGACAAUGGAAUUGAGGAACAUUAUGAAAUUUGCUUCUGUGCUAAGGGGGAAUUGUCUGAAGUUUGAUAUUUUAUUUCCUGAGCUAUUUAGAGACUUCUGAAUCCAGAAAAUUCAGACAAAUAUUUUUCUUCUUCUUGUGUUUGAUUUUGGACUGUUAUCCUAUGGAUUAAGUCUUUUGAUAAAAGCUAUUCGAUUCAAUCUGGAAGGCUAAAUGUAUAAGAAAAAGAAAAGUGUGUAUCAGCAAACCCAAGCGCUUCUGUGCAAGAAUUUUCUUAAGAAAUGGAGGAUGAAAAGACAGAGCUUGUUGGAAUGGGGCCUCCCAAUCAUUUUAGGACUGUAUAUGGGCCUAUUUUCAUAUUUCAAAGAAAGUAACCAUAUCCCUGAAACGCCUUCUCAGGAUCUGGGAAGAGCAGAUAAAUUUAAUAGCUCUUAUAUAAUGAUUGUGUACACACCGGUCUCUAAUGUAACCCAGCAGAUAAUGAAUAAAACGGCAUCUGCUCUCUUUUUGAAAGGAAAAGGAGUCAUUGGGACACCGGAUAAAAAAUCCAUGGAUAAGAUAAUUCUAGAAAAUUUCCCAUACGCUGUGGGAAUCAUCUUCAAUGACACUUUCUCAUAUAAGCUAAUGUUUUUUCAGGGAUAUGCCAUUCCAUACAAGAAAGAAGAUGAUUUCUCAGCUCGUUGCUGGAACGGAUAUUAUGGGACUUUUUGUUCACAGUCCCUCUAUUGGGAAAGAGGAUUUGUGACUUUACAAACCGCCAUUGAUGCUGCUAUUAUAGAAAUCACGACAAAUCACUCUGUGAUGGAGGAGUUAAUGUCGGUUACUGGUAUAAAUAUGAAGAUACUGCCUUUUCUUUCUAAGUAUAUAUUUCAAAAUGAUAUGUUUAUUUUCUACUGCUUGAUUUAUUUCUCCCCAUUUAUAUAUUUUGCAUCACUUGAUGUUACAAAAGAAAGAAAAAAGCUUAAGGACUUGAUGAAAAUCAUGGGCCUACAAGAUUCAGCAUUCUGGCUCUCUUGGGGUUUAAUCUAUGCUGGAUUCAUCUUCUUUAUUUCCAUAUUAAUUACAAUUGUCAUAACAUCUACCCAAAUUAUAGUCAGGAUAGGCUUCAUGGUCAUCUUUACCCUCUUUUUUCUGUAUGGCUUAUCUUUGAUAGGGUUAGUGUUCCUGAUGAGCGUGUUGUUAAAGAAGACCAGCCUCACCAGCUUGGCUGUGUUUCUCCUUAAGCUUUUCUGGGGAUGUGUGGGAUUCACUGUGUUACAUAAACAACUUCCUUCAUCUUUGGAGUGGAUUAUGAGUAUUUGGAGCCCCUUCGCCUUCACUGCUGGAUUGGCUCGGAUUACCCACCUGGAUUAUAAAUUGAAUGAUGCAAGUUUUACUGACCUCUCAGGAGAUUCAUAUAUAAUGAUAGGAACUUUUUCUAUGUUGGCUUUUGAUGGUCUUUUCUACUUGGUACUGGCAUUAUACUUUGACAGAAUCUUACCCUUUGGAAAUGAGCUCUGUUAUUCUCCACUGUUUUUCUUGAACUCAUCGCCUUGUUUGCAACACCAGAGAACUGACUAUGAGGUCGUUGAGAAAGAAAUGGACUCUGAGAAUUCGGCUGAUGAUUGUUUUGAACCAAUAGCUCCAGAAUUCCAAGGAAAAGAAGCCAUCAGAAUCAGAAAUAUUAAAAAGGAAUAUAAAGGGAAGUCUGGAAAAGUGGAAGCAUUGAAAGCAGGCUUAUUUUUUGAUGUCUAUGAAGGUCAAAUCACAGCAAUUCUGGGUCACAGUAGAGCUGGCAAAUCUUCACUGCUGAACAUUCUAAAUGGAUUGUCUAUUCCAACAGAAGGAUUAGUUACCAUCUAUAAUAGAAAGCUCUCUGAAAAGCAAGACUUGGAGGAAAUCAGAAAGAUUACUGGAGUUUGUCCUCAAUUCAAUAUUCAAGUUGGCGUACUCACUGUGAAGGAAAAUCUCAGGCUGUUUGCUAAAAUAAAAGGGAUUCAGCCACAGGAAGUGGAGCAAGAGGUGCAAAGGAUUUUAUUGGAAUUGGACAUGCAAAGCAUUCAGGAUAACCUGGCUAAAAAUAUAAGUGAAGGACAGAAAAGAAAGCUGACCUUUGGAAUUGCCAUUUUAGGAGACCCGCAGGUUUUGCUAUUAGAUGAACCAACUGCGGGAUUGGAUCCCUUUUCAAGACACCGAGUAUGGAACCUCCUGAAGGAGCGGAAAACAAACCACGUGAUCCUCUUGAGCACCAAUUUUACGGAUGAGGCUGACAUCCUGGCUGAUAGAAAAGCAAUCAUGGCGAAUGGGAGGCUGAAGUGUGCAGGCUCUUCUCUCUUUCUGAAGAGAAAAUGGGGUCUUGGAUAUCACUUAAGUUUGUUCAGAAAUGAAGCGUGUGAUCCAGAAAAAGUCACAUUCUUCAUUAAUCAUCACAUCCCUGAUGCUACAUUAAAAACAGAAAGCAAAGAGAAGCUUGUAUAUACUUUACCUUUGGAAAGGACAAGUGUAUUUCCAGACCUUUUCAGUGACCUCGAUAAGUGUUCUGGUGAGGGGGUGAUGACUUAUGACAUUUACAUGUCAACUCUGAGUGAAGUCUUGGCGAAACUAGAAGGAAAAUCAACUAUCAAACAAGAUUUUGAACAGGCGGAGGUGAAAAGAGACCCAGGAAGCCUAGAUGACUUGGAGGCGGCUUGCUCUUCUCUCCCUGAAACGCCGAAGGCUGUGAGUGACAUGGCCCUCUGGAGACAGCAGGUCUGUGCCAUAGCAAGGCUCCGUUUCUUAAAGCUAAAACAUGGAAAGAAAGAACUUUUGACCCUAUUAUUCGUGUUUGGAAUUGCAGCAUUGCCUUUGAUUGUGGAAAUGAUACUUUAUGCCAUAUUAAAUCAAAAUGGCGAUUUGGAAUUUAAACCUGAUUUGUAUUUCCUGUCUCCUGGCCAACUCCCCCAGGAGCCUCAUACCAGCCUAUUGGUCAUCAAUAACACAGAAUCAAAUAUUGAAGAUUUUAUACAUGCGCUGAAAGAUCAGAAUAUAGUUUUGGAAGUAGAUGACUUUGAAAAUAGAAAUGGAACUGACGACCACUCAUACAAUGGAGCUAUCAUAGUUUCUGGUAAACAAAAGGAUUAUAGAUUUUCAGUUGUGUGCAAUACCAAGAGGCUUCACUGUUUUCCUGUGCUUUUGAAUAUUGUUAGCAAUGGACUACUUGGAAUGUUUAAUCUUACAAAAUAUAUUCGAAUUGAAAGAGACAUGCUGUUUUCUCAUUACAUACCAAUCUGGACUGAGCUGCCGGAAGGCUCCUUGUUCUUAGUUUUGGUUGUAUGCAGCAUUUCUCCUUACAUCGCCAUGAGCAGCAUCAGCGAUUACAAAAGUAAAGCUCAAUCCCAGCUAUGGAUUUCCGGCCUCUAUCCUUCUGCUUACUGGUGUGGCCAGGCGCUGGUGGAUAUUAACCUCUAUAUCUUUAUUCUCCUUGCAAUGUAUUUAGUUUUCUACUUAACAUAUUUAGUGAACUUUCACCUGACAAGUCGAAUUGUGUUUGGUGUGGUUGUAACUACACUUGGUUAUGCAGCUUCUCUUGUCUUCUUGACAUAUGUGAUAUCAUUUAUUUUUCACAAGAGGAGAAAAAAUACUAUCCUUUGGUCACUUUGUUUUUAUGUGAUCACGGUACUCACAUUUGAUGGCAUUAUACUGUACCAGUUCAGCUAUACCAUCCUGAUUGUCAUCAUGUUCUUAGUUCCCUCACUUACCAUAAGUGGAUUUUUCAUGUUUGCAACAGCGAGAAUCAAUGAGCAGUAUAGAAUAUCUGAAGGCGAAGAUCAUGACCUGAGUGAAGUUGAUCUUCUAGUGUCCUUAAUACCUUACUUUCAGGUUAUGAUUUUCCUGCUUGUUCUAAGGUGCUUGGAAAUGAAGUGUGGGAAGAAAACAAUGCAAAAGGACCCUGUUUUCAGAAUUUCUCCCCAAAGUAGAGAUGCUCGACCGAAUCCAGAGGAACCCGUAGAUGAAGAUGAAGACGUUCAAGCAGAAAGAAUAAGAACAGCAACUGCCCUGACCACUUCGAACAUCGAUGAGAAACCAGUCAUUAUUGCCAGCUGUCUCCACAAAGAAUAUGCAGGCAAGAAGAAAUGCUGCUUUUCAAAGAGAAAGAAGAAGAUAGCUACAAGAAAUAUCUCUUUUUGUGUUAAAAAAGGUGAAAUUUUGGGAUUGCUAGGACCCAGUGGCGCUGGUAAAAGUUCAUCUAUUAGAAUGAUAUCUGGGAUCUCAAAGCCCACGGCUGGAGAGGUGGAGCUGAAAGGAUCUAACUCAGUUUGGGGUCACCAGGAAGACAAUGUGGUCAAAUUCCUGGGGUACUGUCCUCAGGAGAACCCGCUGUGGCCCAACCUGACGGUGAGGGAGCACCUGGAGGUGUACGCAGCUGUGAAAGGGCUGAGGAAAGCAGACGCUGCAGCCACCAUUACACGAUUGGUGGAUGCCUUCAAGCUGCAGGAGCUGCUGAAGGUACCAGUGCAGAAAUUAACCCCAGGAACCAGUAGGAUGUUGUGUUUUGUGCUGAGCAUCAUGGGAAACCCACCUGUACUGCUUCUGGAUGAGCCGUCUACAGGCCUGGAUCCCACCUUGCAGCAACAAAUGUGGCAGGCAAUCCAGGCAGCCAUUAAAAACAGCGAGAAGGGGGCCGUCCUAGUCACGCAUUACCUGGCUGAGGCCGAGGCCUUGUGCGACCGCGUGGCCAUCAUGGUGUCUGGGAGGCUCAGAUGCAUUGGCCACAUCGAACACCUGAAAAGCAAGUUUGGCAAGGAUUACAUUCUAGAACUAAAACUGAAAGAACCUUCUGAAGUGACUGUGGUGCACGCGGAGAUUCUGAAACUUUUCCCUCAGGCUGCGCGGCAGGAAAGGUAUUCCUCCUUCGUGGCCUAUAAACUACCAGCAGCAGAUGUUCACCCUCUGUCUCAGGCCUUUCACAGACUAGAGGCAGUGAAGCGUAACUUUAACCUGAAAGAAUACAGUCUCUCUCAGUGCACACUGGAACAGGUAUUCUUAGAGCUUUCUAAAGAGCAGGAACUGGGCGAUUUUGAUGAAGAAGUUGAUACAACCAUGACAUGGAAGCUCCUCUCUCAUUCAGACGACCCUUAAAUCCUCAAGCUUAAUAACUCCUUGUUGAGCUCAUGUAAACUUUUGUUAUAUGUAAUAAUUAGCACUUUGUCUCAUUUUAAAACUCACUGAAUAUCAGUACUAGGCAUAUUUUGUAUAUUCAGUUAAUAAAUGAAUAAAUUUUAUUAAGAGUCUUCCCCUCAGAUUUAGAGGUGAUAGGCAAGCUGUGACAAAGGUAAUACAAAGUAUUGUAUUAACAAAGACACCCAAAGAGCCAGGCACUGGGUGUGUGGUAGAAAUAAAACUACACUUUGAAUUUUUUGAAAUAUUUAUAUAUAUAUUUUACCAUUUAUUAAAAAUUCUCUUGAUAAAAUGUAUGAGGAGCAUUUUCAACAGGUAGGAGCUGCAUGGAUACUUCACACCAGUUGAUGAUACAUCGAGUUUAUGGUUUUUCUUUUACAUACGAACACAGCCCAAGAUUCACUUACUGAAACCUUCCAGAAAUUGUUUUGGAGGCCACAAGGUUAAGAGGCUUUUGGACUCACAAGUAAACAAGCAUAUACAUUUGAAAAACAGUUCAAUUAUGUCAUUUGAAAACAAGGAGAGUCACAGUAGUAUUUGUUUGGAUUUUUAAAUUUUUGAGUAUGUUAUAUUAAGUUUUAUGAUUGUGGGGGAGCGGUGACUUCCCGAAUUACCUCAUCAAUCAUUUUCGGUGAUUUUAAGGUCAUCUUCCCCUCACAUUUGUAUGUGUGUAUGCGUAUAUAUUAUAUAUAUGAUCAAUUUUUUAAAAAUCUGUGCCAGCUUUACAUAUUAUUUUAGCUUUUCCCUUAAAUAAUAGCAUAUCAUCAGAAAACCUUUUGAAAACCAAGCAGUAUUGCAGUUGCUUUUUUUUUUUUUUUGUGAUAUGUUAUAUAACUUUAAUUCUUUUUUAAUGUUCACUGGAGAAAAUUUAUAUAAUGGAGAAAAAGAUAGAAUGGAAUUGAAUAAAAAAUCACCACAAACUUACCAUACCGAAAAAACAAAACAGAACAGAAACCACACAGGCUAACAUUUUCAACUGUUUCCUUCUUUUCUUAUUGCACUUUUUACGUAGUUGAGAUCAUACAGUAUAGGUAAUUUUCUAAAUAAAUAUAUAUGCGUAUUUGCUGAUCUAACAUUUAAAUUGCUUUGAUUUGCAUUCAAACUUCUGCUGAGGCUGCAGCUCAGAUGUUUGUGUGCUGUCGUGUGUUAAUCAUUGGAAUCCUUUGUUCAUUUAUUUUUGUGCUCUAACCUUUUUCUUAUCCAUGUUACAUAUUUUGUCUAUGUAUUUUUAUAAAUAUUUGAAUUAAAUCUGUGAAGUUAUAUUUCUAAAUCUUUGGCAAAUAAUCUAUAGGAGACUUUUAUGCCCUAUACAAAAUGAAUUCAUAUUAUAGUGAGAGUUGAAUUCACUUAAAUUAUUUCUAAAACUCAAGCAAGAAAUCCUAUUGUCUUCCUCUAAUGUAUAACAUACCUCAACAUAUGUAAACAUUUGGUAUUUCAUAUAACAAUAUAUAAAAUAUUUGCUUAUAUUCUUUAUAAAUUAUACAUUUUUCUGAACUAUUACAGAAACAUGUUUACAAAAUACUGACUAACCAAUAUCAGAUGUAGUACCAAUAUCAUGAAAAUAUUAAAUGGAUGUUGUUUGCUAAAGCUAUCACAAUAUGGUAGUUUUUGAAGCUGUUAGUUUAGGUUUUUAUUAGGAUUGUGUCCAAGAACAGAUGAAUGGGUAUGAAAGGAGAAAAUCAGGAUAAAACAAAGGACUGGUGUUAUAGAUUGGAAGGCAUCCCCCCAAAAUAUAUGUUGAAAUCCUAGCCCUUAUACCUAUAAAUAUGAUUUAGUAUGAAAAUUAGGGAUUUCUUUGUUAUGUUAAUUAAGUCAUACCCAAGUGGGUGACUUCCAAAUGUAAACACUUCUGCGUUACCAAAAGAGCAGAGUGGACGCAGAGACACACCCAGAGAAAGAGGAAGAGAGAAACCAGGGAGACAGAUGCAUCUACCAGCAUUGCUGGAAGCUACUAGAAGCUGAAAUAGACCAGGAAGGGCCUCCCCCUAGUUUUACACCCUGAAUUCAGAUUUCUGGCUUCCUAAACUAUGAGAAAAUUAAUUUCUGUUCUCUAAAGCUAGCCACUUGAGAUAUUUGUGUUAUGGCAGCAUUACAUCUACAUUUAAACCUGCAUCUAAGAACUUUGUAGUAAAAAAUUCAUAUGCCUGAUGUUAAAGGGAAAAAUCCUAAAAUAUUCUAGACAGUAAAACAAAAUACUUCAAAUUAAUGAGAAUCCAAAUUAUGUCAGCAAGACUAGAUGCAAGAGGGCAAUGAUGGACUGCUUUCAAAGUGAGCAAUUUAGGAAAUUUUCAGUCUGGGCCAAAAAAAAAAAAAAAAUGCUAGCGUAACAGAUGUAUCAGUAAAGAAAAUGGACAGAUUUCUUA